AUGCUGGAACGCUUGCAAGUUCAAGCCGUGUCCGAUCAGCACUACCUCGAGGAGUGCUUGGACGUGUUCGGAGCGGUCGCCGACGAAGAGAACAACACCACCACGUACAAUAAUCCUGUAAUCGACAAGGUUCUCGAGGAGAGUGGCAUUGGCGGCUUUCGGACCUUAACAAACUUCACGCCUGCCGAAUUUGACACUCGGACCUGGGAGAAACAUGGUGUCGACUUUGGAAUGAAAGCGCUAACGCCGGAGAAGAUGAUUAUGCGUGUUAUCGACAUUGCCUCUCCUGUCCUCUACGGUGGUCUUGUCACCAUGCCGUCCACGGCGUUCCUCCGAGACCAAGCCCUCCCACCGCCUUCGGGUCGCUUUGGCGAACAAGAGCACUGCUUCAGCGGAAAGCAUAAACUCUACGGGCUUAAAAUUGAAGCAUCAGUAUCACCUCAAGGCUUCAUGGUCGACAUGAGUUCUCACCAACCAGGGUCCGUCGCCGACAUGACGAUGUUCCGCAACCGUCACGAUGUCCAUGUCGACGCCUUGACCAAGAAGCCUGACGAAGUCAUGGUGAACGACAAUGGGGAGCAAUUCCAACCGCAUCCUACCUUGUGGGCGGUUCUCGUGGACAUGGGAUAUGUGGGACUGUCGCACACAAUUCGCGCCAUCCAUCCGAAGAAGAGGCCUGUGCAGGGGACGCUUGACCGCCAGGACCUUGAGCGCAAUGCGGCGGUGUCAUCGGACCGCGUGUCGCUCAAUACGUUUGUGUGGGAUGUCAAAUUCUACGAUGGCAUCCAACGUCUUACCUUUACCCUGACCAACUUCCACGUUGGUUUGAUGCCCUUGCAUACGGCCCACAUCACUACCGUUCUCGACCCAGCGCCGUUCUGCGCAAAGGCGCGCCGAACGUUUGGCCACUGA